AUGCGAGAAGAUCCGUUUGCCGACGCCUUUGAGCGCGCUGCAUGCAGCGACCCCAAUGCUCUGGUGACACCGCACGAGCGCUCGACUUUCUUAACGGACCUUCACGCCCGCGGGCUGCUUCCGGACGCCUACAUGCACAAGAUCCAAGCCCUCUGGGACAAGGAGCGAGUCAGCGUAGCAUUCGAACACUUUCAAGCGCUGUUGACACGCGCGCUUGGCGACGCCAGCGCUGACGAAGCAGCCACAGCGAUCACGACCGAGAUCUCGGACAAGCUCGCCUUCCUCUCUCACCUCGUGCAGUCGUGGGACACGGCGUCGUUUGGUGCCCCGGAAAAGACGGCGCUGGUGGCCUACACGUCCACGCUCGCGGCCGAGCAUGCGGCAGCGGAAGACGCGGUCGAGCGCAUUGCAGCAACGAUGGCUGCGGAGUUUCGCGCGCACCAGCAUAAGGCACUGGUGCAAAGCCCAAUCCAGUGCCAUCUGCAGUAUCGAACGACGCCUCGCUUCAGCGACACAAAACACCCAACCACGUACCAAGCGGCGCACUCGUUGCAACUCGAAAAGAUUGCGACAAGUCGUGACUUUCACAGUCUUCGGAUGCACGCCCAGCGCGAGUCGGCAACCAACGCCUUUGGCGUCCUCGACGUACGUUGCCGGAGUUACUGUGGCGUGCUGUCAUGA